UAUUUCUUGAACAUUCAUCUUCUAAACACAUUAUCCCAAUCCAAUAAUUCAACCAACCAUCCUUAAUCCAAGCAACCACCACAAUGUCCGUGACAUCUACCGCCGCCUCCGCCACCUCAACCUGCCACCAAAAACUCUACGAAAUCCCCAUCAAAGACGCGGCCUGCGCGAUGCCCAUGGGCUCCAACAACUCCGCCAUUAUGAGCAGCUGCUGCGGGUCCGCCUCGGUGGUCUCCUACUCCAGCUGCGACUACUACUGUCUGGCGGAGGACCAAACCGUCGGCACGUUGGCCGAAUGUCUGAUCAAGGCGUCCGAGGCGGGGGAGGUCUGGUGUAAUACGAAUGCCAAUGCCACGGCCACGGGGAGUGUGCCGACUACUGGGGCUGGGACGGUGGUGUCGACGGCGAGUGCGACGUCGUCUGGGAAGGGGUCGGGGACGGGGACGGGUACGGCGAGUGGGGAGACGGCGUCGUCGACGAGUAAUGCCGGUGUGGCGGUUAGUAAGAAGUCGGUGGGGGUGUUGGUGAUGUUGUUUUUGGGGUCGGCGGUGGGGGUUUUGUUGUAGGCAGUGGGAGUAUAGGGUGUAUGAUUGAGGGAGGGGGUAUGUUGUGGAUGGUAGACAGGAUGGUUGAUAGGGUGGUUGAUAGGGUGGUAGGGUUGGAUUGGAUAUUUAGCUAGGCUAUGCUGUACAGUAACUGAUGUAUCUCGUGAUCAUCUUGCGGCGAAUAUCAUUAGCUGUAUUGAUUUAAUAUUAAAUAUUCGUUCA